AUGUGGGUCGUAGGAAGAGGACCCCCUCCUAAUAACUCUGCCAAAGACGAUUCAGGAAAAUCAGCGUGUCCGAAUUGUAAUGAAGAGUUCAACAAAGACGACCUCGCUCCUGAUCACUAUGCUCGUAGACAAAUAUUGAAGGCAGUGAUAUACUGCCCUAACAAGGACCAUGGAUGUGUCGAGACGUUUUCACUGAAAGAACUUCAGCACUUGGAAAGUUGUCCAGUUUCACCUGUCACUUGUUUACAUCAUGCAAGAGGAUGUGCUACAAAGCUAAUGAGAAAGGACUUUAAGAAACAUCUACAAACUGAGUGUGAACACCGAGUGGUUGGAUGUCAGUUUUGCAAAUUGGCCAUUCCACAUUCUGAUAUUGAGGAUCAUAAAAAAUCCUGCCAAAAAUUACCUGCUUCAUGUCCAAAUGACUGCGGAUUAAAAACGAUUCCAAAAGACAUGACUGAAAAACAUCUGCAUGAAGACUGCCCUCAACAAGAAAAAAACUGUAAAUAUCAACGUUAUGGAUGUGAAUUCAAGAAACACUUUUCAGGAGAUGUAGAUAAGUUUGAAAUGUUGGAAGAAAAAAUGAAAACUACUGCUGAUAAAAAUGACGUUAGAGAACUUCGACAGCUAUUUACAUCCCUUCCAGCUUCCAAAUUACCAACCCAAGUUCAGCUGACCAAGUUUGAAAGGGAAAUGGAUAUUUACUUGAAACUUUCGGACCAAGAUUUAAGAUAUCAACUCCUGGAAACCGCUAGUUACGACGGUGUGUUACUGUGGAAAAUCUCCGGAAUACGUCGACGGAAGCAAGAAGCAGAUAGUGGAAAAGUAGUAUCCUUGUACAGCCAGCCGUUCUACACCAGUCAGUAUGGCUACAAAAUGUGUGCAAGGAUAUAUUUGAAUGGGGACGGGAUGGGGAAGGGGACUCAUGUGUCCCUCUUCUUUGUGGUCAUGAAAGGAGAUUAUGAUGCUCUUCUACAAUGGCCCUUCAACCAAAAGGUAACAAUGACUCUGCUUGAUCAAGAGACCGGUAAACGCAGCAUUACAGAUUCAAUUAAGCCCGACGGCCGAAGUAGCAGUUUUAAACGACCAACUGGCGACACGGACAUUGUUUCUGCAGGGUGUCCUCUGUUUGUGGCACAACAAAUCCUCAAAGACUCCACUUACGUCAGAGAAGAUACAAUGUUCAUAAAGAUGAUCGCUGAUACAUCUGACCUCUAUAUGUAACGGGUAUCAUUAGGAUUUCGUCAACCUGUUACUGUAAAAAAUCUAUUUCAUCA